AUGGAUGGGCCGUUGUAUAAGUGGACAAAUUACAUCAACGGCUGGCAGCAAAGGUAUUUCACCCUACGCAAGGGAAUCCUCUCCUACUACGCCUCCGAAUCUGACGUCGACACGGGCUGUAAGGGGGCCUUCACGGUAUCUGCUUGCGAAGUCUGUGUGCAUCCCACCGACGCGUGUAGGUUUGACAUCUUGAUUCCUGGUGAGCAGAGGUACUACCUGAAGGCGGCGACAUCGCAGGAGCGCCAGCGUUGGAUAGUCGCCAUCGGAAGUUGCAAGGCUGGCAUCACGAACGUGGACGAUUUUCAAAAAAUGCAGAAAGCUGAAAAAUUAAUCGAAGCCAAGCGCUCUGAAUUAAGAAUUAAUCGGGACCUCCUUUUUCAACAAGUCCAUGGCAUCUGUGGGGCUCUCAAGUCGAAGGCCGGGGAAAAUAAGGAGAUUAUCGAAGCAGUGAACUCCCUGAAGGCCACUUGCAACACCUUCCUUGUCUCGGCAGAUGAACUUAUACUUCUGCUCAACACGGGUCGACACAAAUCGUCGCACCACUUGUCUACCACGAGCACCGUCGGCAGCCCGCUCAACGGUCGUGUCUCCUCGACUCUGCCUCCGAGCCUCCAGUCGAUGGACGUUAACGCCAGCCCCCGUGUCUCGCUGUCUGGAGCCAGUCCACCGCCGCCGACAUCGUCUGAGUUCACCGAAUCACCGUCGAGUGAUAGCGCUGACAAGACGACAAAACUGAUUGAACAAAUCGCGACCACGGCUGUGUCGACCUCGGAAAAGCCCAGAUCCCAGAAAACCAGCAGGGCCCAACUUAGCAAUCACCUGCGUGGCCUGCGCCUCACACGCCUGCACCCCACAUUCCUCUCCUCAAUGGAAUUUAGCUUCGAAGACCUUGUACUCUCCCAGACGACAUCCGCAGUCGAGUUCCUUGCCUGCACACGGUCCUUGCUCAAAUUCUUCGGAUCUCUGGCCUCCUGCGACAAAAUGGGCAACCCCAUUCUCACACGACUUGGCUGCCUGCAGACGGUCUACGCAGACAUGCUCGGCAACGUCGUGCGUCUGGAAUUGGCGGUGAAGAAUUUGGCCUCCAGUGCAGACGCAGGUGGCGUCGACGUUCGGGAAAAAUCGCUGAGCAUCACCCUGGCGGACAUCGUUGACGCCGAGCAACGAUCCAAACAGUGCCGAGUCAGUGGGUCGGCGUACCUGGCUCUGCUAUGGCUUGCUCGGGCUCUGAAUUUCUCGGCUGAAUUCCUUUCCCUGCUGUACCAGGACACCACAGCUUUACGCACCAACACAAACACUAACGCCUUUGUUGAACAAGUGGCCACAGAGGCGUACACAAGGACUCUUCGUGAGUUCCAUGAUUGGUCCGUCCGUGGGACCGCAACGGUUAUCCUGAAAGCUGUCCCGACUUUUGAGCGCAUCCACAAUGCCCUCCUAUUGAUCGACGAAUCACAAGCCGACCAGCUGACACCACCGCCUGAAGCACUGGCCCAGCUUCAUCUCGACGUGGAACGAUUUGCCGACGCUCUUCGGAAGUGUCUGCAGGCAAUUCAUGCUAUGUUCCUUCAACGUGGCCUCGAUCCCGUCUUUAGUGGAUGUCCACAGUCCGAACAGUAG